AGGAGAAAAAUAUGUGCACACUUCUAAUGCCAGUUCCGAAAAGGAAUGCUACACGGUGUUGUUUUCUGCAAGCGCGGCAGGAGUUCUGGCACCACCGACGGUAUUGUUUCCGUACAAACAACGUCUGCCAGCAGAAAUCGUCAAUAGCGCUCCGGAUGGUUGGUCUAUUGGGAAAAAUGUAUCAGGAUGGAUGACACAGGAGACAUUUUAUGAAUAUUUAAAAAAUGUUUUCCACCCAUGGCUACUGAGAUUCAAGGUAGCUUUUCCCAUUUUACUUUUCGUAGAUGGCCAUAGAUCGCACGUUUCUCUUCAGACCACUGAGUUUUGCAAGGAGAAACAAACUGUAUUGAUUUGUCUUUUUCCAAAUUCAACACAUGUGCUUCAGCCUCUAGAUGUCGCAUUUUUCAGAGGUCUGAAAGUUAAGUGGAACAAGCGGCUCAUUGAUUGGCGUACUUUUCGUGCCGGUGAGUCUUUGAAAAGGCAUGAUUUUGCACCUUUAUUGAAGCGGGCAGUUGAUAUGGUCAACUUAUCACCCACUUUGUGCAACGGGUUCCGCAAAUGCGGUCUUUAUCCGUGGAACCCAGAUGCAGUGAACUAUGCAAUGCUUUUACAAAAUAAAACUCCACAAACAUCAGCCUCAACAGCCCAAAAGCAACCGAUAAGCGAUACUAAUAAUGAGUUCGAAUCUAAAAAUGUUUUGCUCGGAUUAAAAUCAUAUCUCACUGUUGGUCAACUGAAAAGAUUUGAGGAUAAUUAUUCAAACACAAUUCGGACCGGACCUGUUGGUGACACAAAUUUGUUUUAUGUUUGGCAGACCAUUAAACGGGAAUCCAAUGAACAACACAGCACAAUACAAAACGAAAAGUUACCGAGAUUUAGCGGAUUUCAUGAGUCGGAAAUACGUGCUGGUCGUCUUAAUGUUCAGGCAAGAUUCGCAUCGUUUGAGCAACAGGCCAUUUCGUCUCAAGAUGACUCCGUUUGUAACGAGCAAUUAACGGAGGAAGCAAUGCAUUUUUUUCGAGGAUAGUUUCAGUUGCUACCAGCGAAGAAUUCCGAAAAUUUCAUAAAGAUUUGGAGCAAAAAAAAUAAUAAAAUUGUAGCGGAAAAAAUGCAGAGAAAAGCAGCUCGUGAAAAGAAAAGGCAGUUAGUACAAGAGAAGCGCCGAAAACAAACAUUAACGAAGGCUUCAAAUGAUGGAAAAACUUCUACAGAAAAUGUUUGAAUUACUUUCCUUUUUAAUAAACAAUUUUGUUAAAACAAUCAUUGUUAUUUUUUGGCUGCACAGAAUCAGGAACAAAACUGCGCAGAAUAAGGAACAUGCCCAAGCAAGUGCGCAGAAUUGGCACCAAACAUAUAUGCAAAAUUUUCUUCUCAUACUGUUGUUUUGGCUGUACAUGUGUCUAACUUUUUUUUCUGUAUUUUUCAAAGUCACACAUCAUGUCUGCCGUAAUCUCGCAGACUGACGUAAGCGCCAUUUUUCCAAAUAUGGGGUUCUUAUGCCAAUUUGUUCGUUAUUCGAAGAUCCAUCUUUUGGUAUGGUUUAGUUGUUACUUAUUCGUACGUUGCAUAAAAUCAAGAAAACAAAAUGACGUAUGCACCAUUUCAAUACAAAAGUGACAAGUAACCCGUUCGUUUUUGGGGCGUAUUGAAAAACUGAUCAAAUAGAUGUACGUCAUGAAGUUGUAUCACGGCAGAUGUGGACCUAUGAUUUGUUUAAUGCAUGUGAAAAAUCUGCGAACUAGAGUUAAACUUUUGAAAUUGUCUUAACUGCGCAGAAUACUCAAUAUCCAGAUUGUCUAUGUUAGUCUGCGUGCUCGUGGCUCAAACAUAUGUAGCCGACUCUUUUUUUACCUCUACUGUUUAAUUUUAUAAAGGGUGAUUUUUUAAGAAUUUGGUUUUUCUUUAAAAACUAACGCAUAAAAAUUACAAAACUGUAUGAAAUCUUUAUUAGAGCCGAUAAAUUGGUUUAUGCCAUUUUCUUUUUAAAGAUAAUUUCAUUCAAAUGUUGGCCACGGCUACGUUUCGAAUGGUUCAUACGUAAAGUCCAACUUUGGGUCACUUUUUCGAUAAUUUCGGCUGGUAUCUCGCGAAUAACGCAUGUAAUGUUGUCUUCCAAGGCUGGAAUUGUUGUUGGCUUAUCCGCAUAGAGGAGAGACUUAACGUAACCCCACAAAAAAUAAUCUAGCGGUGUUAAAUCGCAUGAUCUAGGCGGCAAAUUCACCGGUCCAUUUCGUGAGAUGGAAUGCUCACCGAACUCACAGGGCUAGUAGCGAGUCACUUUUUAGUGACUUUGUCACUAUUUUGAACCUAGUCACUUAAAAGUCACUAUUUACGCUUAAAAGUCACUAAAGUCACUAUUUUACGACAAAAUGGUCACUAAAGUCACUUUUUUGCUUUAAAUGUAUAAAUUAACUAUUGUUGUUGUAGCUGGCCCACAGGCCGCGAUGUGUUUCCGUCUACUAAAUACCUUCCAGGACGUAUAAACGAGUAGCUUAAGCGCCACCUCCAGAGAGGGCUACUCGUCGUGUUGAAUUUUGCCCAGCACGAAACCUAAACCUCAGGGCAGGUUGUGGAAGAAUUGUCCCGAAGCGACAUAAAGAAACGGUAGCAAUUGUUAAAUGAAGAAUUACUCCGCCGCGCGUACGAUGAAACCACACGUACGCGAAUGUGAGAAUUCUCCUAGACAAGAUUUACCUGUUUGGGAAGCAUAAAAUCGAGCAUAGUAUAUAGUAUUUACAACGAUUUACAUUUAUUGCA